CGCCCACCUGACAUUACUUACUCACUCGGACCACAUUGACGGCGGCUGUGAGAAGCUACUGACUGACAACUUCAAAUCCAACUUAAAAACCUGCUUUUCCUUCCAAGGACAUUUUCUACUAAGACGCGACAAUGCGUGAAUGUAUCUCAGUCCACGUCGGCCAGGCUGGUGUCCAGAUGGGGAACACCUGCUGGGAGCUUUACUGUCUGGAACACGGCAUCCAGCCGGAUGGUCACAUGCCCGCCCUCAAGACUACAGAAACCAAGGAUGACUCCUUCACCACCUUCUUCAGUGAGACUGGGGCUGGAAAAUAUGUCCCCCGGGCCAUCUUCGUUGACCUGGAACCCACUGUCAUCGAUGAGGUACGCACAGGAACGUACCGCCAACUCUUUCACCCUGAACAGCUGAUCUCGGGAAAAGAAGAUGCAGCCAACAACUAUGCCCGUGGACACUACACCAUCGGCAAGGAGAUCAUUGACUCUGUCCUGGAUAGAAUCCGCAAACUGGCCGAUCAAUGCACUGGCCUGCAGGGAUUCCUUGUCUUCCACUCCUUUGGUGGGGGAACUGGCUCAGGUUUCACUUCCCUGUUGAUGGAGAGACUCUCUGUUGAUUUUGGGAAGAAGUCUAAGCUUGAAUUUGCCAUCUACCCAGCCCCCCAGGUUUCCACAGCCGUGGUGGAGCCUUACAACUCCAUCCUGACAACCCACACCACUUUGGAGCAUUCCGACUGUGCCUUCAUGGUGGACAAUGAGGCCAUCUAUGACAUCUGCCGCAGAAACCUUGACAUUGAACGCCCAUCGUACACUAACCUGAACCGCCUCAUCAGCCAGAUUGUGUCUUCCAUCACGGCUUCUCUUCGCUUUGAUGGAGCCCUGAAUGUUGACCUUACAGAGUUCCAGACCAACUUGGUGCCCUACCCUCGUAUCCACUUCCCUCUGGCCACCUACGCCCCGGUCAUCUCCGCAGAGAAAGCCUACCAUGAGCAACUGUCUGUUGCUGAGAUCACAAACGCCUGCUUUGAGCCGGCCAAUCAGAUGGUGAAGUGUGAUCCUCGUCAUGGUAAAUACAUGGCCUGCUGUCUGCUGUAUCGUGGUGAUGUGGUGCCCAAAGAUGUCAAUGUCGCUAUUGCCGCCAUCAAAACCAAACGUACCAUCCAGUUUGUGGACUGGUGCCCGACUGGCUUCAAGGUGGGCAUCAACUAUCAGCCUCCAACUGUGGUUCCUGGAGGAGACUUGGCCAAGGUGCAGAGGGCUGUGUGCAUGCUGAGCAACACCACGGCCAUCGCUGAGGCCUGGGCCCGUCUCGACCACAAGUUUGACCUCAUGUAUGCCAAGAGAGCCUUUGUCCACUGGUAUGUUGGAGAGGGAAUGGAGGAGGGAGAGUUCUCAGAGGCCAGAGAAGAUAUGGCUGCCCUGGAGAAGGAUUAUGAAGAAGUUGGGAUCGACUCUUUUGAAGAAGACGAAGAAGGGGAGGAAUAUUAGACAGGCUUAGUUCUCAUUUGCAAAUUGUUUUCAGGGACUUAACGGUCAAUUUAUUUAACAAAUCAUGCUAAAAUAAUAGAUCGUAUUUUGCAUUUUGGUUUCAAUUCUAAAAAAAGUUGUUUUUCUUUUUCUUUUUAAAUGAAAUUAUUAGUGCCUAUCUGAAGUUGUUUCUUGUGCCUUCAGAAUCAUUAUGUUUUUGACAUCUUUUGUGACCAUUUCUAACAGUUUAUUGAUUAGUUUUAUCAAUAUGAUAAAAUAUUGUGCAAGAACUCGAUUUUUCUAAGUUGAAAAACUGUGUUGUUGCUCAAUAAAACUUUCUCCUAAAUGCUG